GCGGCCAAUCAGGCGGCGCGACCGGCGGCGUGAUUGCCUGACGGUAUUGCGCGCGCGCGCGCGUAUGAGUAUGUGUGUGCGUGCGGCGCGCGUAUAGGUGGCCCGUCGCGAAAUAUAGUAGCAGCCAUCUUAUAUUUUGUGUCGGAGAAAAACAAUUUGACCGUACAAAUGUUUCGCGACUGCCCGUGAAGCCGCUCGACGCAGGGAGGCGGGUGAGGCGCUCGAUGAGGCGCGACGUUUUUCGACCCUAGACCCGGACCACUACAUCAGCAAAGGUGGAUUGGUACGCAGGAUAUGAGCAGUUUGUCAAGCGCAACCUGACUCUGCUCCCCCAUCAGCAAGCAGCGCAGCAGCAGGACGAGCAGUCUCAGCAGCUGGUUCAACCGCAGCAGGCUGACAUUAUGACAUCCAUGUUCGAUCAGCAGAUCAAAAGCGAGCCCAUGGGGUUCUAUUCGGUCGCUUCCAGUCGCUCGGACGGGUCCAACUCCAUGGUGAAUCUGUCCGACGAUCGUGAGGAUCUCUCGCAGCAGGAGGGUCACCUGCAGCCUCAGCAGCAGCAGCAGACGUUGCAGCUGAGCCAGCAGCCGGGUCAGCAGCAGGGCCAGCCGCAGGGUCAACAACAGAAUCCGCAGCAGAAUCAGCAACAGCAGGGUCCGGGCAUGCAGCAGCAGCAACAGCAGCAGCAGCAGGAGUCACCGAGUCGCCAGUCGACGGGCCAGCAGACCGUUAAGGAGGGCUCGCGGUCCAAGCCUCAGCCUUGUAAAGUCUGCGGCAAGGUGCUGUCCUCCGCCUCGUCCUAUUACGUGCAUAUGAAACUUCAUUCGGGGAACAAGCCCUACCACUGUACAGUAUGCGAGGCGAGUUUUUGCCGCAAACCUUAUCUGGAAGUGCACAUGAGGACGCACACGGGGGAGCGGCCGUUUCAAUGUGAGCUGUGUCUCAAGAGGUUUACGCAAAAGAGCAGUCUCAAUACUCACAAGCGGGUGCACACGGGCGAGCGGCCGUACGCGUGCGACAUCUGCCACAAACGCUUCGCCGUCAAGAGCUACGUGACGGCGCACCGUUGGAGCCACGUAGCCGAGAAGCCGCUGGUCUGCGACCGAUGUUCUCUCACGUUCACGUCCAAAAGUCAAUUUGCGAUUCACAUCCGUACACACACCGCCAGUACCACUUACGAGUGCAAUAUCUGCGGACGUACAUUCGUACGCGACAGUUAUCUGAUAAGGCAUCAGAACCGGGUGCACCGCGACAUGAACCAGAGCAGCUCGAAUCACAACCCGCCGACGCCGCAGAGCAGCGGCGCCGGCACGCCGGGCACCGGCUUCGAGAGCCCGGUCUGCGAUCUGCGCUACAGCGAGGGACCGUCGUCGUUGGACGGCCUCGCGGGGGCUAAGGGCGCGGGCAUCGCCGCGGAGAUCGCCAGUUUAGCCAAGCAGAACAAUCUACAGCUUCCACUACCGCUGCUGCAUCCGCAGACCACCAACUAGUGUUUAGACAGCAGCAGCGCUACCCAGUCCCUGCCGCAACACCAAUCACCGCAGCAAGUAGUAUGUCCCACCUCGGCGCCUUCGCCGUUCACACUUAACUCACCACCUAUAUCUCACACCGAGCACACGAGCACACCGCAGAGUGUCUACCAAACGACGGGCUCCUCCGAUCCCCUGGAUGGCCCCAACUCCCAAAUCUAUCCGCACUUGUCGUCGUCCCCCCUUGUAGACCCAACGUCGGAGUCGCAUCAUCAGCUGCACCGCGGCAUCCCUCCGCCAGGGCUUCACCCCGCGCUCUAUCUCUACGCUCAGUACUCGAAUACGAGCCCCGCGACUUCGUAUUCCGAGUAUAUGCAGCGUGACGCUAAUUGAACGCGAGUUUUCACCUAGCAUCGACCAACGAUUCCAAACGCGAGCGAAGAUGCCAGUGAGACUGGUGCUAUUUAAUCGCGUCGGUUGAUCAAAGUGCCUAUCGAGCAUCCACUUCCGGUUCGUAACAACGGAUGCUCGCUCGUCACGGUUUAGGAAUACGGUUUCGGUUUCGGUCCAGGUGCAGGGAUACGACUUGUCAGCUCGAUCAAUUCGCCAAGUGUUCGAUAAACAAUCGCUGAUACUCUUUGUGUCUUUAUAUCUAAUGGAUUAUAUAUUCGCCAGCAUCUUUUAACAUGGGAUUGAAUAGCACCCGCUUGAAGCGGUUUUUAAUCGUUGGACGAUCAAAUCGUGCCGGCGCAGAUCGUUCAUCACUUGUACGCGAUGCUAGCUGAAACCGAAGCGUAACGUCGUUUCUACGAGUCUCCGCGAUUUCAGCACUCUUGUUUUCGCCUGGUUUUAAUCACGUUUCUGUGAAUAUAUACAUACACAUAUGUACACACACACGCGCGUGUAUGUGCGCGUGUGUAUACGUGUAUGUGUGUGUGUGUAUUAUGCGAGCCAUUACGACGCAUACACAUAUUUAUAUUAUAUUUUUAAAGGAGUUUAGUCACUUGAAUCUGUGAUAUAGAUAGUAAUUAUUAUCUACAAUGUUUAAAGUAUUGGUUUACUAUUUUGAUGAGAUAUCAAAACGAGGAAAAUGAAAAAAGCAAUGUCACGAGGUGAUCAAAAAUUUCUAGCAACUGGCUGGUCUCUACCGACGGCGUGUUUGGUAGACACCCUAUUGUUAAUUUCUAACAACAACAACAACAGUAACACUCUAUACGGCUAAUUCUACUAUUAUCGCUGCUAUUAUUCUAACUACCACUAUCACAUCUAUCACCACCACCGACAUUUCCCCAAUUAUAUAUUAUCUAUCGCUACUAUUACGGCUAUUACUACCACUAUUACUCUACUGCUACUACGUACUACUAUACUACUAAACGAAAAAAAAAAACCAAACUAUUACGGAUCACACUAUUGCUAAGGACACACACUCGCACACGCGAGAGCGCGCGUUUAUUUCGGCGAUUACGCGUAGCGCGUACGACUACGGGCCCGUCACAUAGUCGUCAUGGUUUCUCUUUAGCUUGAAACGCUACGAGGACUCCUUCUGUCGCUUUCUUUCUCCGUAGAUCGCGAAUAACGCUCGUCCCUUCGCAACGCCGACACGGAUAUGUUUCGUAUGCGACGAGGCGCGCGCGUUUGUGAUAAAAGGGAAGAAAACAAAAAUGGGAAAAUCGUUCUUCGUUAGAGGGUAGAGCACACAGCUUUCGAUCAGUUCCAUAGUUGUACUUACUUUCCACAUAUCUCGAGGUGUGUACACAGAUAUACAUAUAUAUAUAUAUAUAUUUGUAUAUAGGUACAUAUACAUACACGACGUACGAAUGUAUUAUAAAGCGGAAGAGUAGGAGAAUGCAGGUCAUUAAAAAAGAAAGAAAAACCAGUUCUACCACGUAAAAAGGCGCAAUAGGCUGUUGAUUCUUCGCGAACGCUCUUAGCCAUUAGUUUAUUAUUAACUCCUGUUCUCUUUCUCUCUCUCUCUUUCUCUCUCUUACAAUCACGCUACGAGCUUUAGUGCAAGCGCGGGGGAACCAUGACAACCGCGCGUAGAACUGGGAGUAAAUCUCAAAGUGCACAUCUGAAACGCGGCCGUCGCUUUUCGUGUCCGAUUGUGAGAUUACCGCGACCACGUGUAGAUGCGAUUCGCCAGCACACGUGCGCGAUGGAGCCGCGCGGAACCGCGUAUUGUAGAGCUACGAAGGUACACAAAUCGAAAGAAGCUAUGUAUUUGCGCUAGCGUGCCUCGAACCCCUUUAUUGCAGUGUUCUCUCUCUCUCUCUCUCUCUCUCUCUCUCUCUCUCUCUCUCUCUCCCCCUCCCCCUGGCGAAAGUAAUUUGUUUAUUAAAAAUUUAUAAGAAGUUUGCUUAAAUGUUGAGUCAAUGUUUUAUUUGAGUUUUAAAAUAUUUAUUGAAUUGUUCGUGAGAUAUAAAUUUUAACGUGGAAUUGUUUAUGACAUGUUCACGGCUACACGUGUUCAAAUUGCGUUUAACGACACAAUGUCGAACGUUUCCAUUAUAGUUUUCGAAGUGUUUGUAAAAUGUUAUUGUCAGUAAAGAAUUAACCGGGUGUUUGCAACGUACUUGCAAACGGUAUAACCAUCAAUAAAACUCUUCAUAAAUAAAUAUAAACAUCAUCUCUCACUUAAAAUUUUCGCCAGGGCCCUCUCCCUAUCUAUCUACCUAUCUAUCUCUAUCUCUCUUCCUUUCAGUGAUCUAAUUUUUACAUCGUGAAAUGAUCAAAAUGAUCCUGCGCGCGUAUGCCUGAGGCUUUCGAUUUAAAGAGGACGCGAAGUCACCUGGGCAAGACUGAUCUUUAUCGUAACGGACUACAAGAUGCGAAAUGUUUUAUUCUUUCUCUUCCUUUAUGUCUAUUUCUCUCUUUCUCUCUUUCUCUCUCUAUUUUGUUCCCCCUUGGUCAAUCCGCGUUCUAUCUUUCGACCGGGGGCGCAUGUAAGCGCGCUGAAAAAGAGGACGGUACGAGAGAGUCUUUCAUUGAUGAAGAAGAGCCGCGUAAAAAUGCACACGUUCGUGGACGAGAUGAGUCGAGCAGUCGGACAAUUGGUUAACGGUACAUCCGUCGUUUCGAUUAAUUAACGUACGGUUAAUUAGUCAGGCGGCUUAUCGCAUUGAUUUAAAAUUGAAUAAGCGAUUAAGUUAAUUACGCGCGGGAGAGAUCCGCGAAACGCGCGAUUUCUCGUUCACGCUGUUUGAGGAACGAGGUGCAAUGAGAGAAAGCAAUUGAUCUUUUUUUUUGUCGGCUAGUCAUUGGGCAGCUCUACGAGAUAUUAAGUGUACUACAAAGCUGUGAUUAAAGCCUCCGUGCAUAUGACCGCGCAGCUCCUAAUUAUAGUGAUAUAAAUAUAUUAUAUAUAUAUAUAUUUUGUAGUUUAUUAUAAAUAUGUAAGUAAAAGUGAAAUUAGAUAGCCUUAGGAAUAUUUAAAAAUCCGCAAUUCCGGUCGAUCGGUUAAUUAUUCACUCACGAUCUCUUUCUUUCUUUUUUUUUUUUUUUCCCUCUUCUUCGUUUUAGACGCGUACCCUCGCAGUGUUGGGCAAAGGCAUACAUGAUGCGUAGGUAUCAUAAGUUAUCACUUGGGGCGGUCUCGUCGAUUAUGCGAGCGUUCAAAGAGAGUUUUAUACGAGGCGCGCGCGGGGCGCGGGUUUACGUUUUGUAAAUUUUUAUACAACGAUCGUACUGUUUGAAAUAGAUGCUUGCUUGCUUUUUUUUUCUUCGGAGAGCCGCUCUUAUCUUAUCAACGCGCUUUAAGCUGACUUGUUUGCCAAUCCGCGAAUUGCCAGUCGAUUGCACCACGCAAUUUAUUAUAAAUACUCGAUCGCGGGGCUCGGUUUGUGUCCGUUUGAAUAUGGUCGCGCGCAAAUACGGGAUAGUGUACGAGGGGUGCGUUCGUUCAGUCGAGAGAAGGAGCCAUUGGUUUACUCGCGUUCGCCAACGCUGAGACUGGAAACUUGCGCAAAAGGAUUAUUGCUUGCGGAAUUUCGCGUACGGGCGACAAUAUCGCAUUUUCCAGAGGAACGACACGCUCCUCGCCGGCAGCGGCAACGAUUUCCCCGACGUCUCGGGGAAAAGUACGGGGCGUCGCGACUGCGCCUCGUCGCCGAGACGAACGCGACCGCGGCAAAUUUCAGCCCAGGAACGAUCGUAGCCGGUAACAUCAGCGUCCCGAAAACGUAGUGAGAUUUUAACUGUGUUAUCCGAUACGUAGAAUUAGGAGCUAUUUCAGACAGUAUGCCGCGUACAAUAUAGGCCGUGCGCGUAUAUUUUUUAGGAUUGCCCAGCACUGACCUAUCGAAACUCUCGAAUCCGGUAAUAACGAUCUCACAAACCGGCCGCUUUUUUUCGCGGACGUAUCAUCGAGUUCUGGUAUUCGCGACAU